AGGGUAGGGAGGCUUUACUGCUUAAGACAACUAUCUGCUUCGGUCUUGGUGUCUAGGUAGUAUUUCAACCCUCGAACAAGCUAUGAGAUAAAUUGUUGUGGGUCUCAUUUGUAAUGUCUUAAUGUAAAAAGUUAGUGUUUUAAUGAAUAUAUGAAAAUCUAGAUUUCCGAAGUUAACAUGAUAAGCUUGCUGUCACUCCUUUAUUAUUGUUUAUAGGUACUACAAAAGAUGCAGUCAGAAGGUUGGUAUCAACGACCUGGUGUUCGAAUUAUUGCAUCCAGAUGGCAAGACGCAGUUGUCACACUAGCCAAUGAAAUUGAAGAAGGGAAGAUGCCAAGAUUUAGUGGAAUAUUUUUUGAUACCUACGCUGAAGAUGAUAAAGAUUUAAAGGAAUUUAAUACAUGGUUACCCAAAUUACUCUCACUUCCUCCAGGUGAAGAGCAGUCAGUUGGGAAUGAGAAUGAAGUUCAACCGCUUCCUGGACGCUAUUCAUAUUAUAACGGUCUAUGUCCGGAUAAUGUAUUUUUUCACGGAGUGGCAUGUGAAACUAUUCGACUCCACUUGAAAAGAUUAGGAUUAUGUUGUGUAUAUGACGCUGUACCAGUUGAUGUUGCUGGCCAAGAUUUAUGGAAGAAUGUUGCCCAAAGAUACUGGUAUUUCGAUACAUAUUUUCUACCAAAGUGCACAUUCGAUUGCAAAGAUUAA